GUCAGAUUUAUCAUUAUUCAUUCCGAAAUGAGCAAAUUUUUGAUUAUUUUAAUCUUUAUGGUUAUCGCGAUUGCUCAAGGAGCUAAAAAAAGUACACUUAAUAGUUCUUUUCUACACUUUAAAAAAAUCGGUGCACAUCCAGAGAGAUUCGAAAAUUCUGAGCUAGCAGAACACUUGAAAAAUAUUAACUUUCAGUGCUUUAAAGAACAUUUACAAUUGGAUAAAUAUGGUGACAAACUUGUGAAUGGAUUUGAAGAAGAUGUUUUCUAUAAACAUUCAGCUAUUAUGUGCCAUGAAGAUGUCAUCAAUGAAUUUAUGAGCUCUAGAAGCAAUGACGCAGGUGGAAAAUUCAACUUUAAAUCAAAUAAAGAACUAAUCAAAUGCUUCAAGUCAAAACUUUUCGAAAUUGAACCAACAUCCAAAUUGAUUGUUGAUUCUGAUCAUGAAAACAUUAAGAAAUGCAAUACGAGCUUCAUCAACUUAGUUCCAAAUAAAUUAAGGAAUGAAUAUGUUAAUUAUAAUGCAGUUAUAACAGAUUUAACUUGUGGAAAAGUUAGUCAGAAUGAGUUUACAAUCAACUUUAUUAAAGGAUUUCUUGUUGACUUAAUUGAUUUGGAUGAGGAUGUGAAGAAGUCUGAAACAAAGGAAAUAAAGGAAGCGGAGAAUUUGUAUACGAAGUAUGCUUACGAUUGCAUUAUUAAGAGAUUUGAAGAUGAAGAUGGAAGUGAAGUUUAAACAAAUAUUGAGUUCGAUUUAAUUAAGGAACCAAAACUAGAAGCUCAAGAUUACAGAAGUUUAUAAUGUAACAAAUAAGAUCAAUAAAU